UCCGAGUGUCACGCGUCAUAAAAAUGACGCACAACACACUUUGUGUAGGGUCACGCGUCACUUUUAUGACGCACAAACAUCGUUUACGGCGAAGGCUCUAUGACUGACUGAAUCGGAUUGAACUGGAUCGAGUUAGGUAUCGUUCUUUCCGUAAUAUUCUAAGCUUUCUCCAGAGGUCUGUCUCUAAGCGCUAUUCAUUUUAGUUCCGAAAAUAUUGUAGCAGACAGCUGACGUGCGUGUAUUUGUAAACAGCUAGGUUCCCCCGGACCGAUGACUGAUGUGUUUUAUUACGUUUAUCAUUGUUUUAGUGUUAAAAAUCAAAAGUAGUGAUAUACGUGGUGCAUUAUAAGAAGAUUUAAGUGGUUUUGAAGUGCUGGUUGAUGAUCCUGAAGAAGUAGGAUGGCAGACCAAAUUGUAGCUCCAGGUGAAGAGAUCAAACCUAAGAUAAGACUGGCAGAAGCAAUCACACUGGCAGAGCAUCUUUAUGGCAUUGAUGUUUGUGAAGCUAAGGAACUUGAUGGUUAUGAUGACAAAAACUACCACUUAAAAGCAAAAUCCAUCACAAAUAAUAAAAACAUACCACAUAUUUCACCACAUGGGUAUGUCCUAAAGAUUAUGAACUCUUCUGAUUCCGAAAAAAUAGAUUGCGUACAAGCCCAGUGUGAAAUUAUGAUACACCUUGGAAACAAUGGAAUACAAACGCCACAACCUCAAAAAAGCACGGAUGGAAGUUUGUUCUGUAUUCAAGAACUGCCUCAAAACAAUAAAGAUAACAAACCAUCAAAGAAGCAUGCUGUUAGACUUUUAACGUUUGUGGAUGGAAAGAUGUUAAAGGAUUUACCAUGGACUUUAAAAUUCCACUUUGAUGUUGGGGUGUACACGGCAAGACUGGACUUGGUGCUCCAGAAUUUCUCUCAUCCAGCUUAUAAACAGUACUCUUCAUUGUGGAUGCUGAAGAACAUGCCGACAAUCGAGGACUAUUUAUUUGUUUUUAAGGAAACUGACAAAAGGAUUGAAAUGGUCAAAGAGGUUGUGCAGAGUUUCAAAGACCAAGUCUUAAAAAACUUAGGUUCACUAAAAUCAGGAAUGAUCCACGGGGAUAUCCACGACCAGAACCUACUGUGCCAGCUGAUUGACGGAGAAUGGAGCAUCAACGCUGUGCUGGACUUCGGCGACUCACACUACUCCGCCUACGUGAUAGAACUGGCGUUGGCCACUGCCUACAUGAUACUGCAGAGUGGCCUGGUGGAGUCAGGAACACACGUUAUCGCUGGCUACUGUUCCAUACUUCCUCUGCCACUUGAUGAGCUCAAAUUGCUCAAGGUGUGUGUGUGCGCCAGACUUUGUCAAAGCUUGGUCCUUGGUCUUUACACUCACUCCUUAUAUCCUUCCAACGAUUAUGUCCUCACCACCCAAGCUGGAGGGUGGCAACUGCUCACACAGAUUUGGACUAUGGACAGAGCCGCUCUGGAAAAUCAGUGGUUUGCACAACUGCCACGGGAACACAAAAUCACGUAAACAAUGUUUCAGCGAAAUGUAUGUAGUUUACUGGCUCUGAUAAUAGGGUGGUUACAGGACCAGGAGAAUGUCCUGUAAUGUGUGGAAUUGAGUUAAUGGAUUAUACAGUAAAUACCCUCGCCGCAGCAAACCUGCAAAUUUCAAUGGGGCUAAUUAGAUUUUUACUGCAAUAUUUCAAUACAAGUAAUGUUUAUUCCUUAUUUGUAAAUCAUUAGAUGUAAUAAGUAUUUAGGUUUGCUGCUACAGGAA